UACCCUGCCAAACCUCUCCAUGCAAAUCACCAUUCAAGCACAUAAAAAAAUAGAAGAAGCUCUCCCCUGUUAGAUUUUCCGAGAAAACAGGAAAGUUUGCGAAGAUGUCGGGAAGAGGAAAGGGCGGGAAGGGGCUAGGAAAGGGAGGUGCAAAGAGGCACAGGAAGGUGUUGAGAGAUAACAUCCAAGGAAUCACAAAGCCAGCAAUUAGAAGGCUAGCAAGAAGAGGAGGUGUGAAGAGAAUUAGUGGGCUGAUCUACGAGGAAACUAGAGGGGUUUUGAAGAUCUUCCUUGAGAAUGUGAUUCGUGAUGCUGUUACCUACACAGAGCAUGCUAGAAGAAAGACUGUCACUGCCAUGGAUGUUGUCUAUGCUCUUAAGAGGCAAGGUCGUACUUUGUAUGGGUUUGGGGGUUAGGAUUUAUCGGGUCUUCUAUUUUGUUUGUAUUGAUUUCCUUUGCUUAGGAAUUUAGAUCUUCUAUGGGCUGGAAUUGAAAAAUUGGAUCUGUAAUUGAAACAAGUUAUUAAUCCUGAUUCAGCUGUUGCCAUUUUAGGCCAAAAUUGCUUACCUCAGUUUAAUUCGUUUUGGACUUGAUGCUACAAAAUGCUCCGAUAAGUGGUUUCUUGUGAGAUUUGAGAAACUGGGCUACGAGGGUUUAGGAGAAAGAAUCAACAAUUUCUCGGUCUGACAUGAAAGAGUAAUUGGUGUGAUGUAGUCAAGCUGUUUGAUGUUUAGUCCGUGACGGGUUUUGAUUGAAGAAACUGUGCUGUCUGUUUAUAUUUUUCGUUACCUUGGUGAAGGACCAUU